UAGUCAAGGUUCUGUCCAAUAUCUUACAAGAUAACACAGCGACACUAUAAAACUCUAUAAUUAACGCAGAGCACCUUAUACUGGUGGUAUCCUUCACCUGAAACUAGACCAAAUCAAAUUGGAUAACCUUUAAAAUUAUUAGUUACAAUUGUGAACAAGUGUGUGGUGGUUCGUUUCACUCCAGUCAUUCCUCUAUUUUUUAUUACUACUUAUUGAUACGCAAUGAUCAAGUUUGUCGUCUUCCUCGCCUUGUGGGCGAUGGUUUGCUCCGAGGACGCACCAAAGACUGCCGUGGUCAAAAUUGCCUCCGACAAUGUGAAAGGAGAACUGAAAAUAUUCCAAAAUACGGAUAACACUCUUACCAUCGAAGGAACGAUCUUCGGAUUGACGACAGGUAAACACGGCUUCCACGUGCACGAAAAAGGAGAUCUGUCCAAAAAUUGUACGGGUGCCGGAGGUCACUUCAAUCCUGAAAAGAAAAACCACGGCGCUCCGGAAGACGAAGAUCGCCACGUGGGUGAUUUGGGCAACAUCGAAGCCGACGACAACGGAACUGCCAAAGUCAAUAUUACCGACAAAUUGAUCGCUCUUUCUGGAACCAACAACAUCAUCGGUCGCGCCAUUGUCAUCCAUGCCGAUCCAGACGAUCUGGGACUCGGUGGUUUCGACGAUUCCAAAACCACUGGACACGCUGGACUCAGAGUCGCAUGCGGAAUUAUUGUAGUUGCACGGUCAGUGGCGAAUGCGCCAAUCGAUUCUGGGGACAUAAAAGGUGAUGUCACUUUUACUCAGUACAGUGACGACACUGUUGAAGUUGAAGGAAUAAUUACUGGAUUGGCUCCAGGACUACACGGGUUCCAUAUCCAUGAAAAGGGAGAUCUGUCCGACAAUUGUCAAGCUGUUGGGGCUCAUUUUAAUCCUAACAAGAAAAACCAUGGUGCUCCUGAAGACGAAGAUCGCCACGUGGGUGACUUGGGAAACAUCGAAGCCGACGACAAAGGGGUGGCCAGGUUCAAGAUUAACGACAAACUGAUUUCCCUUUCGGGUGCAAACAGCGUCCUUAAUCGUGCCGUCGCCAUUCACGCCGACGCUGACGAUCUCGGUCUUGGCGGAUUUGAGGAUUCCAAAACGACCGGACAUGCUGGCCUCAAAAUUGCAUGCGGGAUCAUUCAACAAGGUAAUUCUGCAAAUAAGCUGGGGACGAACUUAGGAUUCAUGCUCAUUUUAAUCGCAGUGAUGCACCUUCUUAUUUCUCCUUGAGUUGUUUAUCAUAAUUUAGUAUUAUUUGUAUAAUAUGAGUGAUAAUUUAUUUUUCCUGCUUUCUACGUAUGUAUUUAUUUAUUUGACGUAAUAAAUUGUUGUAGUUAA